CACGGGCAUCGCGCCCAAAACUUCACACCUCUCCCACCGCAACCAAAUGCGAAAAGAGUCCCAGACAAGUCAUUCGUUUCUUAUUCCCCCAAUUUCCUAGCUUUUGCUUGCACCACACCAGACCAAAGCUUCUUCCGCAAUUCCCAAUUUCCCCUUCCCUCCUCCACUCCUCCCAAUUUCAAAACCCUAAUUCUCUCUCUCUCUCUCUCUCCAACAUCAAAACCCCCUUUCGUCCAAAUGAUCUGAAAAUUUUGAAUUUUUAUUUUUAUUUUUUACCCCUAACUGUUGACUCUCGUGAUUGGUUUAAUAUUAGCAAUGUCGGAUGACAUGCUCAUUCAUUUCUCCUCCAACUCCUCCAACCAGUCGGACCACUCUCUGCCCACCAAGAUUGCCAAGCUCGAAGCCCGAAUGGUCGGCAAGGCCUCCUCCGCCUCCGCCGCCCCUCCUGCUCUCCAGCAACAGCAACUGCCGCAGUCCGCUUGGUCCUCCCUCUCCUCCGCUCCGAGAUUCACCACGGCUGACUUGGCCGAGCCAUCAACUUCGAGUGAUUCCGACGAUGAUAAUGGAGAGGAGUUUCUGAUACAAGCCAACACUCAGAAGCGCCAGAAACUUCAAGAAGAUGGUAAUUCAACCGUUCUUGAACAUGUUGAGGCAGUGGUUGAUGGGAGGCAGAUGGUUGUAGAAACCACCAAUGCCACAGCAACUUCUGAUUUAAACAAGAAAAAGCAUGGUCGUGGUAGGGGGCAUUCAGUUUCAAGUAGGGUUCGCGGUUCAAGAGUCAGUGAUCAGACAAAAUUAUUAGUUACUCCUUCGACAGUUUCACCCCUUAAUGGUCAGUCUGAGAACCCAUACAAUAAGGAUAGUGAUAGCAGGCCUAAAGAGCAGCUUUGGAAUGACAACCGCUCUUCACUAGAUGAGGAGGUUGCAUCGUUACGUGCAACAGUUGCUUUGCUAGAGGAAGACUUACGAAAAUCACGUCAAGAGGCCUCUGAUUAUCAGAAUCUUUGCCGUCAAUCAGAGAAGGAAUUGAAUGAAGUAAAAGACCUUGAACAGAAAAUGAAGCCGAAGAGAACAAAAGUGAUCUCCGAUCUGCUGAUAUCUGUUUCGAAAGCAGAAAGGCAGGAAGCAAGGUUGAAAGUACGACAGGACUCUUUGAGGCUUGGCAAUGUGGGUGUCAUCAGAGCUGGAACUGUCAUAUCUGAGACAUGGGAAGAUGGGCAAGCCUUGAAAGAUCUCAAUGCUCAUCUUAGACAAUUAUUAGAAACUAAGGAGGCUGUUGAGCGGCAGCGAAAGUCAUUGAAGAAAAAGCAAAGUGAUAAGGGUGAUGGAGUUGAUGCUGAAACUGGAAUGCAAGAAGAACUUCUAGUUCAGGAUGAGAUCUAUAAAUCCCGUCUUGCCAGCAUCAAACGAGAGGAGGAAGUUAUCCUGCGUGAAAGAGACCGUUAUGAACUGGAGAAGGGAAGGCUUAUACGUGAGAUGAAACGCAUACGAGAUGAGGAUGGUUCCCGUUUUAACAAUUUUCAGAUUCUCAACCACAGAUAUGCCCUCUUAAAUCUUCUUGGCAAAGGGGGAUUCAGUGAAGUUUACAAGCAGGCAUUUGACUUGGUAGAGCAUAGAUAUGUUGCAUGUAAGCUUCAUGGUUUAAAUGCUCAGUGGAGUGAAGAGAAGAAGCAGAGUUACAUACGGCAUGCAAUCCGGGAGUACAAUAUACACAAGACUUUGGUUCAUCAUCACAUUGUUCGACUUUGGGACAUUUUUGAGAUUGAUCAGAAUACAUUCUGCACUGUCUUAGAGUAUUGCAGUGGGAAAGAUCUUGAUGCUGUCCUUAAAGCAACGCCUGUGUUACCUGAGAGGGAAGCUAGGAUCAUUAUCUUUCAGAUAUUUCAAGGUCUUAUAUACAUGAACAAAAGAACACAGAAGAUUAUACAUUAUGAUUUGAAGCCUGGAAAUGUUCUAUUUGAUGAGCUUGGGGUUGCAAAAGUUACUGACUUUGGUCUUAGCAAGAUAGUGGAGGAUGAUGUUGGAUCCCAGGGUAUGGAACUUACAUCCCAGGGUGCUGGAACUUAUUGGUAUUUACCUCCUGAAUGCUUCGAGCUCAGCAAGACACCUCUUAUAUCCUCAAAGGUUGAUGUUUGGUCAGCAGGUAUUCUGUUAUACCAAAUGUUAUUUGGAAGACGGCCUUUUGGCCAUGAUCAGACCCAGGAACGAAUACUACGGGAAGACACAAUUAUUAAGGCUCGAAAAGUUGAAUUCCCUUCCCGACCUUCCAUCUCAAAUGAGGCAAAGGAAUUCAUUCGGCGUUGUCUAACAUAUAAUCAAGCAGAGAGGCCAGAUGUUUUAGGGAUUGCUCAAGAUCCAUUUCUCACAUACUCAAAGAAGUAAAUCUAUACAGCUAAGAAGAAUUUGGCGCCACAAGAUUUUGUUUGAUUUCCUGCAAUACCCCACAAGGAAUUUUUGUACAGUUUGUCUAGGUUUGUUACUCACUCUAGUUGUGGUGUACUUCCAUCUUAAAAAUGGUGGCGGUUUGAGUGGGAGGGACCUGAUCUACGGGUGAAGGCUGUAGGUAAUUUUCCCCUGCCUGUCUUUAACUUUCGUUUUUGGUUUUUCAGCUGGGCUUUUUGCUUCUGAGUUAUCCUUUUUUGAUCAUGUGUUGGCACUCUUUUUGUGAAGAAAAAUCGUGUAAAGAGUAGAGUUUACAUGAAACAAUUUUGAAGCUUCGCUAAUCUUUUACAUGAAACAAUCUUGUCCUCUGCGAUGCAACUUGAUCUCUAUAUAAUGUACUUAUAAAGCUGAAUUCAAUUGUUA